GAGAGGCGUUCAGCCAGCCAGGUAUAUAACGCAGGGAGGUUUGCCCUUGUCUACACACUCCUCCCCGCCUCGCUACACUGCAAUGAUCCUUAGGACACUGUUAUUGGUCGCCGUGGCUGCGGUUGUGAGUGGCCAAUUUCCUAAGCCAGAUUCUGCUCCUGCUGGUUUCGGAGGUGGAGCUAGUCAGGUUCCCUUCCCGCCAAAAAGAAAGCCUGGUGCUCCUCCGCCAUUCACUGCUCCUGCUGGUUCAGGAGCUGGAGCAAGUCAGGUUCCCUUCCCGCCAAAAGGACAGCCUGGUGUUCCUCCGCCAUUCACUGCUCCAGCUGGUUUCGGCCCUGCUGAAAGCCAACGACCAUUCCUAGACCCACCAAGGCGACCACCAGCACCUCCACCCGUGCCCUCAGGAGACGUGAUUCCCAUCCUGGUUGACGAGCGAGAUGGACCUCACCCAGAUGGUUCAUACAGCUUCAACUUCGAGACUGGUAACGGCAUCAGUCGCUACGAGCAGGGCGCCCCCCAGGGGGAGACUGGCGCCGUGGCCUCGCAAGGAGGAUGGUCGUUCACCUUACCUGACGGAACACCUGCAGUCUUCACCUUCGUAGCCGAUGAGUUUGGUUACCGCGUGGAGUCUGACCUGUUACCUACGCCCCAUCCUCUCCCCGCCCACGCCAUCGCCCAGAUCGAGUUCGCCCGUCAGCAGAAAGCCUCCGGGGGUGGCACUCAAUAUAGAUCUUAAUCCUUUGUGUAACUUUGCGUGAUGUUGUAGUCAGUGAUUGGUGUUAAGUACCAGCUGUUUGAUUAAAUGGGCCCCCAUGGUCUGUCCUAAUAGACUCCAGGCUGAUUAUUACUAUUGGGUAGGGGGUAGGGGGGGAUGCUGGGUUCAUGUAUUAACGUAUCCCGGUCCUAAUGGGUUGUAGAUCUAAUGGGUCCUCAUGUAAAUGGUAAAGUUUGAUUAAGUUGUGAGUCUUUUUGGAAUUGGGAACUAUUAGAGAAAGAGCCCAUUAAAACUGGUACCUAUUAAAACCAGGGCCUAUUUAACCUUCAGCUGGGAGUACCAGAAUCAAAAUAACUUAGUGUGUGUGUGUGUGUGUGUGUGUGUGUGUGUGUGUGUGUCUAUCUCGAAAUCACCCCGCGUUCUUCUGUAGGCUUUCAAGUUUAUAUGGUGUUCCCCUAGUAAAUUUUUACCCAAUAAAACAGAUGAAGGCUA